GGAGCAGACAGAUGGAGUUUUUACUCGCCUUCACCCCUCCACAACACCAUUCUGCUAUCUCAGCCUUAUAAUUGCUGAGUUGUGUUUUUAUUUCACGACAGUAUCUGACGAGUCGCACUUCUUCUCUCGAAGUAUUUGAAAUUUCCGCCCCCUGCUCUUUUGAAAAUAUUCGCAUCGUUACAUAUAUAUAAUCAACUGAGUCACCAUCGAAGACGCCAGCCAGCGUCUUUAUCAGUGGUCGACGCUUUGUGGUGAACGGAGCUGUCGAGAAUGAUGAUAAACAGCAUGUGGUAUCAGCGCCUGGUAACGCUCCUCUUCCUUGGGGGCUGCGCUGCAGGUAUAAAAGCUCCAGUAUUCAGCAGUCAAUACGUGGCUAAAGGAACACUUUACAUCCCUUAUGCCGAGAUUAAGGAGCCAUUUUAUGCGUGGUAUGAUGCACAGAGGGGAUCCAGUCGCAUUGACUACUAUGGAGGAAUGGUAAAGACUUUCCAACUGAGCAAUCAAGGUCCCCACGGUACAAUGCUCAAACUCGCACCGGUGACAACAGAUACCGAAUUGAACGCCGAAAAAUGUAUGAAGGUGGAGGGUGACAGCAAUGGGCCUGUGGCGAUCCAGACGAUUGUCCCCGAUACCCACGGCAUGGAGUGCAUUGGAGAGGAGAUAAUCAACGGUCUUCCCUGCGAGAAAUGGCGACUCGUGGACAAAAUCGGGGAGAAAACCAACAAAUACACUCUGUGGAUUAGGUACAAGAAAUCGAUAACUGGAGUCAAGGAACCCAUUCCUAUCAGAUACGAAAUGAAGGGAUUCAACAGUCUGUUGGGCUCACACUACGAUCAUUAUUAUCUUGAGUAUGACUGGUAUUCAUAUGAGACUCCGAGUGCUGAUGUUUUCAAAGUUGAAGCCAAUAUGACAUGUGGCAGCUUCCCUGGACCCGGUGACAGGCACGUAGUGACCUUCAACCCCAUUCGUGAAUUCAUCCACAACGAUAACCAUCACGUGGAUGUGGAGUUUGAUCGUUUCAGGAAGUAUCAUGGCAGGGAUUACUCAUCUGACCACAAGGAGCAUCAUCGUCGUAAGGAGGUUUUCAGGCAGAACCUGAGGCUCAUUCACUCCACGAACCGUGCCAAUCUGGGGUAUCAACUGAGCGUCAAUCACUUGGCCGAUCGUACGGACACGGAGUUGAAGGCGUUGAGGGGAAAACAGUACACGGGGGUGACCGAUAAGGGAGGCAUGGCUUUCCCUCAUAAUAUUAAAGAGGAUGUUCAAGAUAUUCCUGAUAACUUCGAUUGGCGUUUAUAUGGGGCCGUCACUCCAGUCAAAGAUCAAUCAGUCUGUGGUUCCUGCUGGAGUUUCGGUACAACAGGUGCAAUCGAGGGCGCAUACUUCCUGAAAUACCAGAAAUUAGUGAGACUUUCGCAGCAAGCACUGAUCGAUUGUUCCUGGGGAUACGGAAACAACGGAUGUGACGGUGGUGAGGACUUCAGGUCUUACGCUUUCGUCAUGAAGCACGGGGGUCUCCCAACCGAGGAAGACUACGGUGGCUACCUCGGCCAGGAUGCCUACUGCCACAUCGACAACGUCACGCUCACAGCUAAGAUGACAGGAUUCGUUAACGUGCCACCUGGUAGUGUAGAUGCCUUGAAAAUUGCCAUUGUCAAGCACGGGCCUGUCUCCGUCUCCAUCGACGCAGCCCACAAGACGUUUUCCUUCUACUCUAAUGGAGUCUUCUACGAACCAGCCUGUCAAAAUGGUGAGGAGAAUCUCGAUCACGCUGUCCUCGCAGUGGGGUAUGGAACGAUGAACGGACAGGGCUACUGGCUCGUCAAGAACUCAUGGUCCAACUACUGGGGCAAUGAUGGCUACAUCCUCAUGGCUCAGAAGGACAACAACUGCGGAGUUCUCACCGCUCCAACAUACGCCGAGAUGGCAUAAAGCUGUGAAACACUGAAAGUUUUUCAUUCUCUCUAUUACCUAGAUAAUACUUGAAGCUAUUACUAUUUUGUUCAUAUAAAUACUUUUAUUAGAUUCCCCAGUUGGAAUCGGUAUAUUUUCAGAACAUAGCUUAACGUUGGCUUUGUAAACUGCUAUUGUGAUUAUAUUAUAUGAGAAAGAAAUUUACUCUUCAAUAAAGUUACAUUGGAUAAUUG